AAACAUAUAAUUCAAACAAGUUUCUUUUGGUUCGUGUUUAGUUUUUGUUUUCAACGCCGGUGAAAAGGGGUUGGCCAGGAUGAACACCGUCUUUAACAAGCUACGGAAUUUGGACUCAUACCCGAAAGUCAAUGAAGACUUCUACAGCCGUACACUCUCCGGUGGCAUUAUCACCCUCCUUUCCUCCCUUGCCAUACUACUCCUUGUCUUCUCCGAAUUCACAUUAUACAUUCAUACCGUUACCGAGACAAAGCUAUUGGUGGAUACUUCAAGAGGCGAAACCUUCCACAUAAAUUUCGAUGUCACUUUUCCUGCUAUUCCAUGUACGCUACUCAGUGUUGACACUAUGGAUAUCAGUGGCGAGCAACAUCAUGACAUAAAACAUGAUAUAAUUAAGAAAAGAAUCAAUGCUCAUGGUGAUGUGAUAGAAUCCAGGCCGGAUACUAUUGGAGCUCCAAAGAUUGAGAAACCUCUGCAGAGGCACGGUGGCAGGCUUGAAAAAAAUGAGACGUAUUGUGGUUCGUGCUUUGGUGCCGAGCAGUCAGAUGAUGACUGUUGUAACUCCUGUGAAGAGGUUCGUGAGGCGUAUCGGCGAAAAGGGUGGGCAAUGACUAACGCGGACUUGAUUGACCAGUGCAAAAGAGAAGGCUUCUUUGAAAGGAUAAAAGAGGAGGAUGGUGAAGGAUGCAACAUUCAUGGAUCUCUUGAAGUUAAUAGGGUUGCUGGGAAUUUCCAUUUUGCAGCAGGCAAAAGUUUUCAUCAAUCAAGCUUUUUCUUUGAUGACUUGAUAUCUUUUCAGGACAGUUAUAAUAUAAGUCACAGAAUUAAUAGAUUAGCUUUUGGUGAAUACUUCCCUGGUGCGGUAAAUCCACUUGACGGGGGACAAUGGACGCAUAAAACCUCAAACGGAAUGUACCAGUACUUUAUCAAGGUAGUACCCACAAUAUAUACCGACAUCAGAGGCCGCACUGUUAACUCAAAUCAGUAUUCCGUGACGGAGCAUUUCAUGGAUUUAGAGUUCAUUAGCCCUAAUGCUCAUCCUGGAGUUUACUUCUUUUAUGACUUUUCUCCAAUCAAAGUGACUUUUAGGGAGGAACAUAUUUCAUUUUUGCACUUCAUCACCAAUAUAUGUGCUGUAAUUGGAGGUAUCUUCACAGUUGCGGGGAUAAUUGACUCGUUUGUAUAUCAUGGUCAAAGAAAGAUCAAGAAGGCCGAAGUCGGAAAAUUCAGAUGAUUUUUCUGCCUAUUAUUCCCAUACAUUACCUUGGCUUUUGACACAGUUUUUGAGUUUUUUCCGAUGGUGCCUGCAUAAGGAUCCAUGACGCUGUUUACAUCCCAGAUUGUAUGACAACACAUUAGUUCUUGAAUCAUUGCUGAAACUGUCCAAUUUACAGUCUAAAAGAAUCUAUCACCUUUGCACUUGUAAUUUGUAAUGGAUUUUCUUGUUUUGAUUCUUAUUAACCCCAAUCAGUUCUAAAAUCAUGGCAGAAAUGUCUGAACUGUGCCCCUA